AACUUGAGGUCCUAACAUGAUCCCUUCCCCGAGUGCACGGCGCAAGCUCUGAAUGAUGUUGUGAGCUUUGUUGCGAAAUAACUGGGACAAAUAUAGUACGUGUUUUCGUGAAUUAUUCGUUUUGUGGCACAAGAAAAGAUGCCGACCAUAAAAUUACAAAGUUCAGAUGGGGAGUUGUUUGAAGUUGAUGUGGAAAUAGCCAAGCAGUCAGUAACUAUUAAGACCAUGCUGGAAGAUUUGGGCAUGGACGACGAAGGAGAUGACGACCCAGUGCCUUUACCUAAUGUGAAUGCAGCCAUACUCAAAAAGGUGAUCCAGUGGUGCACCCAUCACAAAGAUGACCCCCCUCCCCCAGAGGAUGACGAGAACAAGGAGAAGAGGACAGACGACAUCCCCGUGUGGGACCAGGAGUUCCUCAAGGUGGACCAGGGAACCCUCUUUGAACUCAUCCUGGCUGCAAACUACCUGGACAUCAAAGGCUUGUUAGAUGUCACCUGCAAGACGGUUGCCAACAUGAUCAAAGGCAAGACCCCCGAGGAGAUCCGCAAGACGUUCAAUAUCAAAAACGAUUUCACAGAGGAAGAGGAGGCACAGGUGCGUAAGGAGAACCAGUGGUGUGAAGAGAAGUGAAGGGCCUCCUUGGCGGCCCCCCUAUGUGUGAGGCCCCCUGGUCCACAGAUGCACUGCACUGUUGAUAUUUAUGGGUAGCUGUCAUGAUUGGACGGUAAAGAGUGGCUGACUCCUCCCCUUCAAACGUCCAUCCGCCGUGUAGGCACAGCAUGCUCACUGAUGUUUGACAUGUCAGUUAGGUCAUGUUCAAAUUAAAUGAAACUCAACGGUUGGCUUAUUUACUGUUCUUAGGUAUAAGCUCUGGCAGCCACUCUUGCCACCACCCAUCAUGUUAUGUGUUUGCCAUGAAAUGGUAGGACGACUUGAUGCAAUGUAUUCUUUUUUAUUAUUUGUAUUAACAUUGUUUACUGAUUUCUAGCAAGUGUAUCAGAGAGAUGUUUUUUUCCUGGGGUGGGGAUGAGGGGUCUACAGGUUGGUUAAUAGGUUUAACAUAUUUUAAAGCUCCUCUCUGAACUGGAAGAGAAUGUUUGUUGGUCUUUCAGUAAGGGUUUUUAUGUAGGGUUGGGUGUGCCUUUUGGCCUUGUAACAGACCAGUAUCAUGAAUUGAAGGAAUAAAGUGAAAUGCAGAAAUGUUUUGA